AUGCCAACGAAGCAUCGCUUUGCAUUGAAUUGCAUUGGUCUGCAUAAAGAAAAGGGAAAGUCGUGUCUGUGUGUGUCAGUCAUUUGGAGCCAACUUAUCAUCUGCUUGACUCACUACAGCUUCGCGACUGUCAAAUUCCAAUUCCAGUCCAAUUGCAUAAUCCAUUUUCUAAUUACACGCAAGCAUUGCUUUGCAGUGAAUGGCAUUGGUCUGCCGAAAGAAGAUAGACAACCGUGUCUGUGUGCGUCAGUCAUUUGGAGCCAACUUAUCAUCUGCUUGACUCACUACAGCUCGCGACUGUCAAAUGCGGGAGUGGUGGAAUUGUGGAUGGAUGAAUGGAAAAAUCAAUUGGAGCAGCACAACACACGCACAGACGAGGCAGCGCAGCCGGGCAAAGUGGCACAAACGAAGAGGGCAAAUGCAUACGAGGGGCCGGUGAGCGAAGAGAGCCGCGCUGCGAGGCCGCUUGCCGAACUGGCCCCAAAUACAGCCCAGGUCAAUGACGCAUCACACGCAUCAGCCGCAUCAGCCGCAUCAGGCGCAGCCGAGGCAGGCCUGCAGGCCUGCUCUGCGCACUAUCGACCGGUGCCAGGUUCAAACGGGCCAGUCAGCAGCGCCGGCUCGGCAAUGCGGCUUGGGCAAGCGAAUGCGGCUCUGCAGAGUGCGCCGUCGGGCCGAGCGGGGCGGGGCCGUGCGUCCUCGUUUGCCCGCCGGCGUGUCGAUGUGUCGAGUCGCAGAGACAGCCACAGCCGGCGCUGGGGCGAACGGGGCCGAGGCGGCCGUGCGGUCGUGCGCCCGUGCACUCUGACUGAGCCUUCGGGGCCUGCCUCGCCGGCCCAGCCACGUCAGGCAGUUGGGCCUGCCCGCGACACAAAGGCCGAGAAAGAGAGAGUGAGUGAGUGA